AUGCAGGUUCCACUAUUUGAUAAAUUGGAUGAUCAGACCUUAAAUGCGAUCUGUGAGAGACUGAAGCCCACAUUAUACACCCAAGGCAUGUAUCUACUCUGUGAGGGCGAGCCUGUGGAUGAAAUGUUCUUCAUUAUGCGAGGGCAUAUGUACUCCUACACAACAGAUGGUGGGCGGGUUGGGUUCUUCAACUCAUCAAAGCUCGGUGCAAAUGGUUUUUGUGGGGAGGAAGUAUUGACUUGGGUGUUAGACAACAGGCAACAAAGCAAUACUAUCCUCCCAUGCUCGACGAGAACUGUAAAGGCGAUAUCUGAUGUCGAAGGGUUUAGUCUGGAAGCCAAGGACCUUAAGUUCAUCGCAUCGCAGUUUAGGAAGAUGCAUAGCAGAGAGAUUAGAGAUAGACUCAGAUUUCACUCUCAGCAGUGGAGGACAUGGGCUGCUUGCUUCAUUCAAGCAGCUUGGCAUAGGUAUAAGAGGGACAAAAAUCAAUCGAAUGAAGAAGGUAUUGACGAUGAUAAGCAGGAAGAACAAGAAGAACAACAGCAGAAUUUGAGUGUACGCUGUUUGUCUUGCAACUUUCCUAGCACAGGUUAUGCAGACAUGGACGUUUUUAUGCCGAGGCCAGAUGCUGGGAUUGAAGUGUAUGCUGCUCGCCUUUUGGCUGAUAAGAGGAGAAGUGCAAGUGACCGUUAUGGGUAGAUUAUGAGCUCAUACUUCUUGUAAUGUAGUUGUGCAAAAAGUGAACA